AUGAUAACAAAUAACGAAAGAUCAAUACCACAUUCAUAUAUAUCUAUGUCAUCUGAUGAUGCAUAUUCAUCAAGUGAUACAACAUCAUCAUCGUCAUCAUCGACUUCGCGUUCUAUUUUGAGUCAGAGCACAGGUCCCGGAUGUGGUGUGUACAAUGUCAACUCAUCUCCCACAGCCAACGCGCCUAUUGGUAUUGGCAUGGUCAGCCCAAGAACCAGCAGCUUCCUACUAAAGUCAAACAAUGCAAUUGGAGGCAUAUCAUCAGACCUAAGUCGCCUGUCAAUGUACACCCGCGAAGCAGAUUCGGGCUUUGGCUCUAUGCUCUCUUGCGACGACGAGACGGAGCGCGAGAUCAACACUGCCGAACAACUAUUCAAACAACUGCCCGAACUAAGCUACAGCGUCACCAAGAUCAAUCAAUGGGGCAAGCAUCAGAAGCGCGUGCUGCGACUCACCAGUCGCGGUAUUGCCAACGUUCGUGGAGAAUACACGUCAAGCCUCUACCCUUACGCUGAUGUGCGUGCGAUAUACUUGCGCGACUCUGAGGUGUUUGUGUUGGAGUAUAAUGGCGCAGCCCACAACUAUGUCUACAAGUCAACGAUUGGAUACCAGAUCGUUCAAGAGAUCACCAGUCGUCUAAAGCUACGCCGCAUCACCGAGAAGAAGAAGACGGGCUUUGACAUCGCGAUGAACUAUCAACACAAGCUGUUGUCUAUGCAGCCACCUGGCACCAAGCAUGCCGCCACCCCAGCAAUAUCUCUACCCGUCCCCUACUCUGGCGCCAAGCAUCACCAACAACAACAAGAGUACGCCAGUGGUGGAAGUAGUAGCUUCUUCUCAAUGUCACCGAUGAGUUCAAUGUCCAGAUCAUUCUCAUUCGAUGAUACAGAGUCGUCUUCAAUCUCUUCGGCCUCGUUCUCAUCAUCACCGCCACCAAAUGUACAUCUAGCCGAGUCUUACGAUGAUGUUCGCAUCCCACCAGGCAUGCACCAUCAUCAACAGAGCAAGCGAGCAAUGAAGCUGUCACAGAUCUUGGGUACGACCGAAGAGCAGAGAAUGCACUCAGAGAUCGACCGAUUGAUUCUUGGUCCUGGCUCUGUGGAGCGUCGCACCAUCCAGCACUUUAUUAGCAACUUCCCAUAUAUGUUGAAGCAACAGCCUCAAACCGUUGCCAUCCAGGUGAGACAGUUCAUCGAUAACACAAAGAUGAACAUACUCACUGAGAAGCAAGAGCAUCUAAGACGACUGUUGGUGGACUCGGGCGAGGCUACACAUGAGGAUGACGCAAACUUGUCUGCAAUCAUCGAGAGGAACUUGGAAAAGACCAUUAUUUUAAGACUGUACAGGCCUCUGCACCAGGCUAUCGCGGCACAAGUGUCCAAGGACGAGACACUGCUGAGGCAACACAUUGAGAAGUUGAAAGGCAAGCCUCAAGAGUUCUACGGUAUCAAGAAGGAGUUCAUCACACAGAGUAAUUGGAAGGCUGCCAUCCUUGAACUCGGAGGAUUAGACCGAUGUGUAGACAUCCCUCAACACAAGCUAGACACGAUCCUAGCAUCGGCACGUGCCAUCUACAACUGUGUCAACUACGAGCAACGAAUCAAGAACAAGACAUCCGAUGAUAUAUUCCUUAGCGCUGAUGACUUCCUUCCCAUAUAUAUAUAUGUAGUUGUUAACUCUGGAGUUAAUGAGUUGGAGUUUAUCAAUCAGUACUUGUGGCAAUUGUGCGAUCCGGACAAGAUGGGAGGCGAGGGCGGAUACUACUUGACAGUGUUCAGCUCCACUCUCAGUCUGUUGAGAUCACUCAAGAUGGAUAACUUUGAAACGGCAACGAUAAUAGAUGAUCUUAUUCAAUUCAGAUCAAGUCCAUCGAGCAAGUCUACAACAAAUCCAGAGAUGAUCACUUCUGAUGACGAGAUGGAUGGUCCUCCAACUUCACCAUUAUUAUUGCCAACAUCAUUAUCAUCAUCGCCACCCAACAGUUCCUUGGCUUGGAGUAGUGCAGCGGUGCCAAGACAUCCACAUGCCCUAUCAGCCAGAGGUAGGGAGAGGUCAAUAAGUUUGAGUCUCAAUCGUAUUGGUCUACCUCAAACUACUACAUCAAUGCUUGAAUCACUCAAUGAGCUG